UCCUCCACCAACGAACGGUUCCUCUCGUCCCUCUCCCAAGUGGCAAUUCACAGUCUGACCUCCAGCCAAUUUCCCUGCGAAGCCCAGCUAUCAGGGAAGAAGCAAAUCUACCAUUGCUGAUUUAUCUGAAUACAAUCCAGUCUCCGUUCUAUCUUAACCGCGCUCUCCUCACGUCGACGUCAUCAAGACCGCUCGCGCGCUGCCUCUAAAUCAGUUACCUCACAAAGAACCUCCCAUUGCCCAUAAGCAAUCGUCAAGGUAAAUGGCGUCCACAGUUGCGCAGAAGCGGCUCUUCACCGAGUACAAGAACCUCGCCACGAACCCGCCCGAAGGCAUCACUGCGGGUCCGGUCUCCGAAGAUGAUCUGUUUCUCUGGGAAGCUCUUAUCCAGGGACCAGAAGAGACACCGUUCGAGGGUGGUGUCUUUGCGGCCGAGCUGAAGUUCCCAAGGGAUUAUCCACUCAGUCCGCCGACAAUGAAGUUCGUGGGUGGGGGCGUGUGGCAUCCGAAUGUUUACCCCAACGGAACAGUCUGUAUCUCGAUCUUGCACCCUCCCGGCGACGACCCGAAUCACUACGAACACGCCUCCGAACGGUGGUCUCCCAUCCAGAGCGUCGAGAAGAUCCUGAUUUCCGUGAUGAGCAUGCUGGCGGAGCCGAACGAUGAGAGUCCGGCGAAUAUAGAAGCUGCCAAGAUGUGGAGAGAACGCAAGAGUGAAUAUGACCGUAAGGUCCGCGAGGAGGUCCGCAAGGGCCUGGGUCUUUGAAGUUGGUGUUGCUUAUAUAGGCGAGACAGGGGGGUUUAGGUCCCCUGCGAUGCAUCAUUGUAAAUAGCAGGUUGUUGGGAAUCAGCAGAGCGUUUUUGGAAAUCGAUAUAUAGUUUUUUGUCCAUAACUGGCCACUUCACUGGGCAAGGUAACAUCCUUUCCGUCUUCAAGAGCCUCCUUUCAGUGUGUCAUUUCGCAUUUGCAGAUCAAUCCACUCUUCCAACCCUCCAUCCCUUCCAUAGAGGAUCUCUAUCUCGGCCUUUAGAUUAAGCAUCAGCAUCUGCUGCAGCUCUGUGCGCCAUUCCGGCUCGGGGCCAUCGGCUGCCCACACCGGAUUGUUCUUCAGCAUUGCCAGUGCCUUCCUCCUGUCGCGCGAUGUCAAUCGAAGAAGGGCUUCGUCUCCCCUUUCGUCCGCUCCCUCGACGAGGUCUG